AUGUCUGCUUCGUGUUUGGCGUUGAGACGGCUGACCCACCGGUCUCCCCGCACUUUCCAGUCCCGCAUCUCCUCCGUCUCCAGAAUCUCAUCUGCCGCAUCCUCCUUCUCCUCCCUCAACGCUCUUCGCGCAGUUAACUCGACCGCUCCUCGAGUCUCUCGUUUCUCAACCAUGGCACCUCUUCAGUCUGGCUCUCAGGAUGGCGCCCUCCAGAAGCCCUACGAUCCCGAAAUUCAGGACAUGGCCAACUAUAUUCACAACUACGAGGUUAACUCCGACUUGGCUUAUGACACUGCCCGUCUUGUGUUCCUCGAUACCCUAGGCUGUGGAUUGGAAGCCUUGAAAUUCAAAGAGUGCACCAAGCUUUUGGGUCCCGUUGUGGAAGGAACCGUUGUUCCCAACGGAACCCGUGUGCCCGGUACACCGUACCAGCUCGACCCUGUCAAUGGUGCGUUCAACAUUGGUGCGAUGAUCCGCUGGCUGGAUUACAAUGACUGCUGGUUGGCCGCCGAAUGGGGUCACCCUUCGGACAACUUGGGCGGCAUCCUUGCCGUGGCUGACUGGAUCUCUCGUACCAACCGUGCUGGCGGCAAUAUUGCGGGUGGUAAGAUCGUGAAGGUCAAGGAAGUGCUGGAGGCCAUGAUUAAGGCCCAUGAGAUUCAGGGUGUGCUGGCGCUGGAGAACUCUUACAACAAGGUUGGCCUGGACCACGUUGUUCUGGUCAAGGUCGCGACGACCGCUGUGGUUGCCAAGAUGCUCGGCCUCAGUGAGAAACAGACUGCGGAUGCCAUCUCCCAGGCGUUCGUCGACGGUCAGAGUCUCCGGACUUACAGACACUCCCCCAACACCAUGUCAAGAAAGUCUUGGGCUGCCGGUGACGCAUGCCAGCGGGCUGUUAACCUCGUGCUGAAGGUGCAGAAGGGUGAGGGUGGAUUGCACACUGUUCUUUCCGCCCCUGUCUGGGGCUUCUACGAUGUGCUGUUCAAAGGCAAUAAGUUCAAGUUCCAGCGUCCCUAUGGCAGCUACGUUAUGGAGAACGUCCUUUUCAAGGUCUCCUAUCCUGCCGAAUUCCACUCUCAGACAGCGAUCGAAGCUGCCGAGAUCAUCAACAAGAAGCUCGCUGCCUUGGGCAAGAGCGCCAAGGACAUCAAGGAAGUCACCAACCGCACCCACGAAGCUUGCAUUCGCAUCAUUGACAAGCAGUUCAAGGCCAUGGACAACUUCGCGGACCGUGACCACUGCGUUCAGUACAUGGUUGCCACCAUGCUGGCAUUCAAUCGUCUCACCGCCACCGACUAUGCCGAUGGCUCGGAGGCGGCCACCUCCCCUCUCGUUGAGGAUCUCCGUAAGCGCAUCCGCUGCGUUGAAGAUACUCAGUUCACCACGGACUACCACGACCCGGCUAAGCGCACUAUCCCCAAUGCCCUCACCGUCACCCUGAACGACGGUACCGUGCUCGAGGAGGUCGUUGUCGAGGCUCCUCUGGGCCACCGUUUGCGCCGCGAAGAGGCCAAGCCCGAGAUCCUGGCCAAGUACAAGCGUCACCUGCAGGCUCACUUCGAGCAGGCUCGCAUCGACGAGCUGCUCGAGGUGGGCUUGAACAAGUCUGCCCUUGAGGGUUACGAUGUGGACAAGUAUGUCGACUUGUAUGUCAAGGACAAGAUGGUCGCGUCUGCAUAG